UUUUCAGUGACGGACCGCCCCGCAGAGCUCUUUGCUAACAUGUUUUUUCUCCGCUCACUCCGCUGUUUUUUAACCAUAAAACCGUAAAUAAUCAUCUUUAUAAACUCCAGAACACAUUAAUCUGAGCAUUCUACACCAACCGGGGUUUUCCAGACCCGGUCCAGACUUGGUUCCAGAUUCAGUCCAGACUCGGUUCCAGACUCCGGUUGUUGGACCAUGCUCUCCUCUCUGGUUCUGAUCCGUGUCUUUUGUCCCUCGUCUUUUUCUCGACUUUUCCAAACGACGUCGUGCCCUGUGAUCGUCCGGACGCUGCACUCCUCGAUUUGUGGCCGUCCUCAGUCUCUGCUCCAGGGCAGAGCUCCUCUGCGGCUCCAGGUCCGAUCCAAAAAGAGCCGAGCGCGACGAGAUGAAGAGGAGCGGAAAACCCGGAACAGGACCGUCCUCACGUACAUCGCCGCGGCCGGAGUCGGGAUGAUCGGACUCUCCUACGCCGCAGUGCCCCUGUACAGGCUCUACUGUCAGGCCACGGGUCUGGGGGGGACGGCGGUGGCGGGACACGACUCUUCGUUGGUGGAGAGCAUGAGUCCGGUGAAGGAGCGAGUCAUUAAAGUGACGUUUAACGCAGACACACACGCCAGCAUCCAGUGGAACUUCAGACCCCAACAGAGCGAGAUUUACGUGGUUCCCGGGGAAACGGCGCUGGCGUUUUACCGAGCGAAGAACCCAACGGACAAACCAAUCAUCGGAAUCUCCACCUACAACGUGGUGCCCUUCGAGGCCGGACAGUACUUCAACAAGAUACAGUGUUUCUGUUUUGAGGAGCAGCGUCUGAACCCACACGAGGAGGUGGACAUGCCCGUCUUCUUCUACAUCGACCCCGAGUUUGACGUUGACCCCAGAAUGGCCCGAGUUGACACCAUCACUCUGUCUUACACUUUCUUUGAGGCUAAAGAGGGACAGAGGCUCCCACUGCCCGGGUACAGCUACCAGCCGCAGUGACAGCACCACAGAAAAACAUCAAAAACUACAAAUACUACAGCCACUACCAACCCACCGAACAACCCGCAUGGACUGGGAUCUGCCCCAGACUUGGUCUGGACUUUACUGGUCCUUAAAUCAAAGUACAUUUUGUUAAAUUUCAUGUGACUGUUGAAAAUCUGCUGGAAUGAUUGUGUGAAAACAUGUACAUAAAGAGCUGAGUGUGAAUAAUGUUUAAAUCAAACUCAUAUGAAAUAAAUAUUUAUAAGAAAAA